GAAUUUGUUAACAUUUUUCCUGAAAAACUAUAUGGGUAAAAUUGUAAUUGAAAUCGAGGGAUGAAGUUGUAAAUCGCGCAGUUCAAUUAGGGCAUGCUUCAAGAAGGUUCUUCUGAACCCAACCACAGCUUCGCGGUUCAGUGCAAGCAGUUCGAGCUCUAAUUAUCGAGCAUCUUGGUUCACACAUCACCCUUCAGAAUCAGAACCUAUCUCUUAUUCAUCUUUGUUCCCGAUACAUGCCAUAGAAAAACCCUAAUCGCUGCUCUCGAAUUCUCAAUCACAAUCUCAGCCACACACUCUUCUCUCCGUUCGGAAUCUCUUGCCGUCACAAGAUGUCUGGCGGUUUCUUUCGAGGUACAUCUGCGGACCAAGACACUCGGUUUUCGAACAAGCAAGCGAAACUGCUUAAAUCACAGAAGUUUGCACCGGAAUUGGAGCAUCUGGUGGACAUGACGAAGGUGAAUAUGGAAAUAAUGAGGCCUUGGAUUACCAGAAAAGUGACUGAGCUUCUUGGGUUUGAAGAUGAAGUGCUAAUUAAUUUCAUACACAGUCUUCUGGAUGCAAAGAUAGUGAACGGGAAGGAAGUUCAAAUACAAAUUACUGGAUUCAUGGAAAAAAACACUGGCAAGUUCAUGAAAGAGCUUUGGACGCUUCUUCUCAGUGCACAGAAAAAUGCCAGUGGUGUUCCUCAGCAGUUCUUGGAUGCUAAAGAAGAAGAGCUCCUGAAAAAGAAGGCUGAAAGUGAUAGGAUAACAAGUGAAAUUCAGAGGAAGAAAGAGAAGGAAAGUAAAGAGAUCAUGGAAGAGAGGCUGAAGAAACUGGACGGAGGAUUAGAUGCGAAGGACAAUGAUAAUGCUUCAGACCCAACUCUGAAGCCCAGGGAUUCAGGGCACUACGUUCAGGAUGGGAAAGAAACCGACAAGAGGAAUGGUGUUAGAGCAAGGAACAGGGUUUCUAGGUCCCCACAUUCACCUGCAGUUUCCACUUCACCUUAUCGAGGCUCACCUUCAAGGGCAACCAGUAAAUCAUUUUCAAAUUCCCGAAGUUAUUCAAGGAGUAUAUCCAGAUCUCCAGAGGCUCGAGGACGUUCCUUUUCACGACGACAAUCUAUUUCUCCUCGAAGGCGUUCACCGCAACGAUCUCCUCACAAGAGGUUAUCUUAUUCAAGGAGAUCUAGAUCUAGCUCAGACUACGAAUCUCGCUCUCCUAUACGACGUGGAGUGCGUUCUCCAUUUCGUCGACGCAGAACACCCACUCCUGUUAAAAGACGCAGAUCACCCUCUCCUGUGCGACGGCGCAGAUCACCCUCUCCUGUACGGCGACACAGAUCACCAUAUCUAGUGCGGCGACACAGGUCACCCUCUCCUGUGCAACGGCGCAGAUCACCUUCUCCUGUGCGACGACGCAGAUCACCUUCUCCUGUGCGACGACGCAGAUCACCUUCUCCUGUGAGACGGCGUAGAUCACCUUCACCAAUGCACAUACAUAGAUCACCAUCACCUAUUAGACGGAGAAGGUCACCCUCACCCAUGCGACACAGAUCUCCUAGUUUCCGGUAUAGAUCACCUUCACCGGUGCGUCGAGUACCACCAACCCGUGGUCGUAGGUCAAGCUCUCCAGUGCAAUCCCCUAUAGUGCGAAGGUAUGAUAGUAGAAAUCCACGACGCAGGUCUCCAUCUCCUUUGCGGAAUAGAUCACCUGUUUUUGUCAAGAAAAGAUCUACAGGGGCAUCCCCUAAGAGGUCUCCUUCUCAAGAUGAAUGGAGUUCUCAGUCUCCUAUACGUGUAUCUCCAUCUCCUGUUAGAAGAAGUUCACCAAGGCAGCAAAGAAGUCCUGUGCAGUCUCCUAUGGGAAGAGUCAGGGUGCAAAAAAAAUUAUCACCAGAAACUCAUCAACUCUCUAGUCCUUUGCGGUCUGUACAGCGAGAUAAGAAUGGCAAAGCUUCGCACUAUAAAUCACAAGAUUCAAUGUCCUCACCAGAGAAGUCUCCAAUUCGAUCAAUAUCACCACAAGCAAGAAAUAGGACCAGCAGUAAAAAUAGAAGUUCGAAUGAAAUCCCUCUGAGGCAAACAAGAGAGAAGUUGACUAAUGAAGGAAGCUUGAGUCCCCCAAAGAAACCAAGAAACCAGAAACCUAGUGAUGACAUCCUAGAGACAAUUGAAGGAGCAAAAGAAACAUAUUAUUCUAGACCGCAGAGAGAUCCAAAAUCAAAUUCAUCUGAAAAGAAAUCAAGACACUCCCCAGUUAGUAAGCGAAAAGGUUCACCUGCAAAAUUUCAUCAUGAAGAUGAUUUUUAUCCUGAAAGGGAAGCUGGUCAUCAGGCUUCUGAGAAUAAUCAUUAUGAUAAGAAUGAAUGGAGUAAGAAAGGCCAGGAAAUAAUAAAAUGUGAUAAAUCUUCUGGCAAGGGAGGUGAGUCUCCUGGUCAACAAAAGUCACCAAUGAACAAAGAAUUUUUUUCCAGCGAGAAGCCUCGUGAUUCUUAUGCUGCAGAAAUAAAAAAAUCUGAUGACAAGGAUCAAUCCAAUUCAAAAGCCAGAAGUAGUGAUCAACACCACAAAUCAGAAGACACUCAAGAUUUAGUUGGAAGAGUUGAUUGUGUCAAUCAGAGUGCUUAUGAUUCUGUUUCUGAAGAUGGUAAGAAUAGAAGGGAUGGAAAGGAUAGGAGAAAGCAUAAAAGGUCAGAGAAAAAAAGUAUAUCUUCUGAUGAGGAUUAUAGUUCUGAUUCUGAGUUAGAAGACAGGAAAGAGGCCAAGAGGAGGAAAAAGGAGGAGAAGAAAAAGCUGCGAAAGGAGGAGAAGCAUCGAAAACGGGAAGAGCGACGGCGAAAAAGGGAAGAGCGGAAAAGCUGAAAAUGAGGAGUAAAACAGAUGACUAUAUUUCAGAUGAUGAGGCAGCUGAACGAAGGGAUGAGAAUCCAAGUGAUAAUGAAGAGGCACCAUAUGAUCCAAAUAAGCUUGAGAUUGAGCUGCGAAAUAAGGCUCUUGAAUCCCUCAAAGCAAAGAGGAGCAUGAAUAACUAAAUACUACACUAUUGUGUUUUAUGCAUUAAAAAUCUUCUUCAGAAAUAUCUUAGCUCAUUUUAAAACAUGGUUUUACAAAUGUUAUGUUUUUGAUUUUUUGGUAAAUGUUUGAUGUCGUCUAUCUUUAAUGCUGGCAGCCAAAUUUGGAUAAAUGACGAAUUCUGAGCAAAUCUGUUGAGUACAACUCUUUGCAGACAUUCCUCUAAUUUUACCGAUGAAUUUAUGUCCACUCUAGAUGACCUGGUGAGCAGACCAUGUGCAGGCCUAUAUUUUGAACUCCAAAACAGGUGAAGUUUUGUUUUCUUGGUCCAUCAUGAAGUUGAUGCAGCUGUAUGUUUUGUAGAGAUGUUUUGUUUUAUAUGUACUUUGAUUGUGUGCAUGAAUAUAUGACUAUAUUGUUUUUAUCGUUCUGGUGCGGUGGUCUUUUCUA